UGGCUUUGGAAACAUAAGGACCUUAUCUUUAAUACCAGAGAGAAAUACUUUUCAAAAAAACAAAAAGUUGUUGAUACACAACUUUUAAUAGGGCUAGCGUUCCCACAAGGUCAUAUUUCCAUGUUACAGCGCUUGUUUACGGAAAACAGACAGAAGACCAAGACCUGUACAAGUUAGCCAUCUUUGUCUCCGAACACCUGUGUGUAAACGGAAGACCGACGCCACAAACCUAGUCACUGAAAAAUACUGUAGGCUGCAACUGUGUACAGUACAAAUGGUCCCGCCUGAUCUUGCCUGCCUUCUAUCUUUGAGGACAUGUAUUUCCAUCGUUAGAGCGGUCAUUCGACUAUCUCUAGAUAUUCUUUCACCAAGUUGCCGAUUCACGGAGCGCUCCUCCACCGCCCACUGUGAUUGGCUACAGGUAGGCCUACACGUUCACUUGAACCCAGUAUGAUGUUUGAAACAGUGGCAUGACCGAAGCUGGAUACAGUUUGUGAAGUUGCUAGUUACAUUUUAUUUGUUGCAAUAGUAGAGUAGCAUUGCAGCAAAAUUGAUUAUAGCCUACAUGUAAACGACAAGGAAGAGGAGCUUUCACCGCUGAGAGGGCAAUGGUGAUUUCUGACUGGUAGUAGACGCAGCCUAUCACGUCAAUUCUACCUGAAUUCAUUGCAAAUGUUUCAAACAAACUGCACAAGUCUAUUCAGCCUCUUUCCUCACAAGUCCACCAUGCCGAUUGAAUUGGCCAUGCCGCUCUACCUGUCAAACGACGACUUCUGCUACACGAGGUCCCCGAAAUCACUGCAACCACUACGACCCUGUCUGAAGCCCUGCAUGCAGUUCAAACCCUCUGCCCCUCCUAUGCAGACUGAACCAGAUUUGUUUCAUGAGAAGAAUGGGAAACCUAAAAGGCGAGUGUCCUUCGCCGACCACAAGGGCCUGGCCCUCACCAAGGUGAAGUUCUUUUCUCAUUUUGACACUAUUGACAUCCCGCUCAACAUCACAGAGCUGUUCAGCUCUUCGCUCAAGUUACCAUAUGAGGAGGACAGACUGGUAAUGGGGUUCACCCAGCCCUCCUCUGAUUACCUGCUGUUCCGUCAGCGUCUGGAGACUGAGCUUGUCUGCUUAGAGCACUGCAUGCUGAAAGAGAAGGCACUGUCUGGAACCGUGAAGGUCAAAAACCUGUCCUUUGAGAAGUCUGUCAAGGUGCGUGUGACCUUUGACACUUGGAAAAGCUACACAGACUUGGAGUGCCAGUACUUGAAGGACACCUACACAGGCUCGGACUAUGACACCUUUGCCUUCGAGGUUUCCCUUCCAGUUGAGCUGAGGCCGCACAAGCACAUAGAGUUUGCCAUCUGCUAUGAAGUCAAUGGCCAGACAUACUGGGACGGUAACCAGGGCCGAAACUACAGGAUCAUCUGGUCUGCUCUGAAGAUGGACGGCCAGGGCAGGUUCAGCAGUAACCAGCAGAGAUACUCGUUUGAUCUUGGAAUUCAAUUCGACUUCUAUGGAAGUCCCAGAUUCUCCCAUGGGAUGUUCCCGGAGUGGCCAAGUUAUGCAGGAUAUGAGGAUAUUAGACCUUACUACUGAAAAGCCGUCAUCCUUAGAGUAAAGUGUUUUUUGUUCAGAGAAAGGGCUGUUCCUGAAAAUGAGUGAUUUUUCAGGCCAGGCCAGUCUAGCCAUGCUCGGGGGAACAAAAGCAAUAAGAAAAAGAAAUAUGUUUUUGGCUGGGGGUUGUAUACUCUGUGGAUUAUCAGAAUUAGAAUAUUAAGAUGUGACAUUUACUGAUUGCAUAGCAGGUUUAAUUAACAGGCAUAUCUCAGUGUAGAUGUUGACUGAACCAAGAGAAAAACAUAAUUAAUAUCUAGCUUUUGUACUUAAUCUACAGUGGGCUUUGGAAUUAUUGGAUCCCUUGAUAAAGAUUAGUAAAAAACGAAAAAUUCAAACUGGUCUCUAUUCUAUGCUCAAAAAAAUUAGAAAUGAUAUUUUAUACUAAUACAAUUGCUCAGGGCAAAGAUUUUGUUUAACAAGUCAUGAAAAAAAAUCUCAAAGAUGAGGUCAAAAUGAUUGGAUCACAUGUUUUCAAUAUGCCAGCACCCUUCCUUUGCGAGGAUAAUGACAAUUGAGCCUUUUUCAAAAAUGUUUUAUUAGAUUGGAGAACAUGUUGGAAGGGAUCUUAGUUAUUGUCUUGCUGGAAGAUUCAUUUGUGGCCAAGUUUCAGCCUCCUGGCAGAGGGAACCAGGUUUUUGGCUAAAAUGUCCUGGUCAUGGGUAAAGUUUAUGAUGCCAUUGACCUUAACAAGGGCCCCAGGACCAAAAUAGCCCCAUAACAUCAAAGAUGCACCACUAUAUUUUACAGUAGGGAUUAGGUAUUUUCUGCAUAUGCGUUGUUCUUUUGAAGGCUAAACCCACCAUUGGUGUGCGUGGUCAAAGAGCUCUAUUUUCAUGUCGUAUGACCAUACCACCACCUGAAGUUUGCUAAACGGCAAUGGCACAUGGAUUGGAACCGGUGCUAUUGUCAUAAGACAUGAAAAUAGUGGUCUUUGGCCACGCACACCAAUGGUGGGUUUAGCCUUCGAAAGAACAAUGCGCAUGCAGAAAAUACCUCAUCCCUACUGUGAAUUGUGUCGUUAUCCUCAAAAAGGGAGGGUGCUGGACUAUUGAAAACAGAGGAUCCAAUAAUUUUGGCCCUUUAUCUUUUUGAGAUUGUUUAACAAUAUAUAUAUAUGUCGGAGGAGAUAGCAAAAGCUCAGGUUGCCCAGGCCGGCGGAGAUACAAUCUUCGGCAAAAUCAUUCGCAAGGAGAUUCCUGCAAAAAUAUUAUUUGAAGAUGAAGAUGAUAUAUAUAUAUAUAUAUAUAUAUAUAUCUCUGAGCAAUUGUAUUAGUGUAAAAUAUACAUCUCAUGCAAUAUAUCUCAGUAUUUAUUUUAUACAAUGUAUUUUUCCCAUCUUUGUAAAGGGAUCCAGUAAUUCUGGACCCCACUGUAUGUGUUGGGAUAAGCCAUUGUUGACUCAACAGGAAAUUACACUAACUGGUAAAACUAUGUACACUUAUGUGUGAUGCAGGUCAAAAUAAUUGGAAGAGCAAUGUUUAUGAUGAAACUUUGAAUGAUUUUUAACAAAUAGAUUUGCAAUCAAAAUGUCUGUAUUUUCACAUCACAUUUCUUGUACUGAGUUCUUUAAGUUGAUUUAUGUUAAGUGAUAUGACUUCAGAAUAGACAUAGGUAUUUUUAAGUCACUUCAGGAUUUGCACCAUGUUUGUACUGAGCUCAUUCUGGUAUGUGGGUGUUUGAGUUCAAAUCCUUCAAUUUUUAAAGGGGUGGAAAUGGCAGGAAUUUACUUGGGACUGGAACCUUAGCAAUACACAUUUCUGUCUGCUCCUGUUAAUGAUCUAAAAUGUUUUACAGUGUUCACUAUGCUGCUCUAUGUAAAUAAGAGUCAUUGGAUAUGUUUUUAAAGGAACAAGUAUGAAGAAUGGAUUUUUGUAUGUCAGAAUUAAAUAUGUUUUGCAAGAAUA